UGUCAGCCAGCAGCUAUGGACCCCCUCCCAGAGUACUCACUGUUCCUCGUCCGAAUCCUGGAGGAGCUGGACACUAAGCACAAUACCAUGUCCUACCAGGACCUGUGCAAGUCCCUGUGUGCUCGCUUCGACCUGGUGCACCUGGCCAAGCUCCGCAGCCUGCUCUUCUACACGGCCUGCCUGGACCCCGCCUUCCCGGCCACCCUCUUCAAGGACAAGAUGCGCUGCUCCAUGGAUGACCCGCAGUCCAAGAAGCUCAUGGUGGCGGCAGACAUCGUCACCAUGUUCAACUUGAUCCAGAUGAACGGAGGCAUAGCCAAAGACAAGCUCCCUAUAGUGCACAGAGGCAAGUUCCACAAGAACCAAUCAGUGGAGCUGUGCAGGUCUGACAACGACGCCUACAAGUUUCAGGACAUGGGGGUUAGCUAUGAGCACGUGGAUCACCUCAGAGAAGGACACCAUCACCACCACCAUCACCACCGCCCCCAGCAGCACACUGUGGCUCAGAGUGCCCCGCCUUGUCCUAAAUCAUCUGAGUGCAACAACUGCCAGCAGUUUAUUCCCACCUCAGACCCUAACUUCCUUCUGGGCAUCAGCAAGGACCUGAAAUGUAGAGCAGCGUCUCUGGACAAACUUCACCAUCUGCCCCAGUACUCCAGCGGCAGUCCGCCAUCUCCCCCCUGCGAAAUGCAGAGCACCUACUUUCCAAUGGAUAUCGACAGCGAGUCCACCACCGACCAAGAGUCACUACGGCACAUUGGCCAUCCGGAGCCCUACUCUGUUCACCCCUGCAUCCAGAAGAGGAACAUCUUUAAGGAGGACUUCCACAACUUAGCGGCCUUCUCACCACAGGUCAUCACCACUGAGUGCAAACAGGGCAGUAAGGCUGCUGACGCCUACACCAGGAGGGAGCUGCACAAGCCUGCCACCUUCUUCAACCACAGCUUUGAACUGCCUUACAGCAACCCCUACUUUGAGCCGCCACUCAACUCCCCUCUGCAGGACAGACGGAGGGUAAAGCACGAGAGCCUGGACGACUUACAGGCAUCCACAUACUUCGGUCCGACCACCGUCUCUGAGUGCGUUAGCAGCAGGAAGCUCUGUCACAAAGUGGGGAAGCAGCCUGCAUGGCCAGUGAAGAGCCUCAGUCUCAACACAGACGAGGGGCCUCCAGACUUUGAGAGGUCAUUUCUGAACAGCAAACCACUGAAAGAAAACCACCAUCGCAAUAUCAGCAUCAUCAGCACCGACAACGAGCAGCAUUUUCAGAGCCCAAAGGAAAAGGUAGUCGCUUCUCCAUCUGGCUUUGCAAAGAAAACUAACGGAAUGAAAACAAAGGAUGUAGCACUGAUGGCAAGUGGACCCGCAGGUUUGGACAAAAGAGAAGUAGCCAAAAGGUUUAGAGACAAAAAUAUGAACAGUCCAUCCUUUCAGGGAGGGGACAGCUCCUCUAGUGUUGGGACUCAAACAGAGCAGGCUGAGCAGAAGAAGAUGAAGGAAUACCCGGCUAAGUACAGUGACAGAGAAAGACACACCUUCAAACACUCUGACGAAGACUCUGAGCUCAUUAGUGAUGAUAUAAGUGACAUUUUCCGUUUUCUGGAUGACAUGAGUGUUUGUGACUCUCUGGGUGUUGUCCAGCAGUCCUGCUACAACAGUAAUGGGUCUCUCUCUCAGGUAACGCUGAAGUCCGAAGGCGACAGCUCCCCUGAGCGCAACACGGUCAAACUAGCCAAGUCUAAGCUGGACCGUCUCUUCCAUUCGCUGGAAAACACAGAUGACGAGCUCAAAUCGAGUGUUUGCAAGCUGGUGAUGAGGAUCGGCGAGAUCGAGAAGAAGCUGGAGUCUCUGUCAGGGGUUCGCAGUGAGAUCUCCCAGGUGCUCUCCAAACUCAACAAGCUGGACGAAAAGAUCCAGGAGCCCGAGGCCAAUGGGAGGCACGGAGAGACGGUGUCUGCAUCUGGGUCCGGUGCCACCCCCGACAAGCCACAACCCCACCCUAACAACACCCUCUCACCUCGUGUUUUCCAGUGCCACACCACUGGCCACAAUGUCAAAAUGGACAAUGGCUCUUCGGCGGAGUGGUGCUGCUCAGACGGGAGCAACAGCGAUAGCCUCAGGGUAAAAGCUCUGAAGAAGAGCAUGUUCACCAGGAGGUCGUCCCGCUCCCUCAACGAGGAGAACAGUGCCACCGAGUCAAAGGUCUCCAGCAUCACCAACUCUCCAAGAGACUGGAGGACAGUGUCCUACUCCUGCCACCCUGGAGACGAGGGCAAGGACAAGGACCGAGACAGAGACAGAGACAGCAAGGACAGACACCGGAAAGCCAAAGAGGCAGAGCGAGAACGUCAGUACGAGCUCCCCCAGGCGCACCGCCCCCCUAAACCACCGAAGGAGUCCUACCUGAUCGAGCAGGUUUUCUCACCGCACCCCUUCACCCCCUCCAUGAAGCCCCAUGUGAAAGGCAGCCCGCUGUACACAGACCUGAGACUCACCAGCCUGUCAGACGGCAAGCGCGGCCAGCCGUCCUGGACCAUCGAGGAGUAUAAACGCAACUCAGCAGAGAAGGGGAAGCAGCUCACAGCUCUGGACCUGCAGACCCAGGAGUCCCUAAACCCCAACAACCUGGAGUACUGGAUGGAGGACGUCUAUACACCAGGAUACGAUUCACUGCUCAAGAGGAAAGAGGCAGAGUUCAGGAGGGCUAAGGUGUGUAAGAUCGGAGCGCUGAUCGCAGCCGCCACCUGCACUGUGAUCUUGGUCAUUGUUGUUCCAAUUUGCACCAUGAAAACAUGA